CACGGGAUGAAUUAUAUCUAUAUAUUUAUAUAUUAAAAUUUGAAAAUGAAAGUUGCGGCCUUAAUAAGUGGAGGAAAAGAUAGCUGUUUGAAUAUUAUGUAUUGUAUAGCAAAUGGACAUGAAAUUAUAGCACUUGGAAAUUUAUAUACAUCAGAAGAGCGUAAAUUGCUGUAUUGAAGAAGAAAAAAGUUCUUAUGAGUGUAAAGGUGAAAUUGAUAGCUAUAUGUAUCAAACAGUUGGUCAAGAUGUAGUUGAGCUUUUUGAAAAAGCUAUGAAUGUUCCAUUAUAUCGUGAAAUUAUUAUUGGAACAUCAGUAGAUCAAAGUUUUACAUAUCAUGAAACUUUGGAUGAUGAAGCAGAAGAUCUUUAUCGAUUACUUAAAAGAAUUCAAAAAAUACAUCCUGAUAUAGAAGCUAUUUCAGUUGGAGCAAUUUUAUCAAAUUAUCAACGAACAAGAGUUGAAAAUGUAUGUAAAAGAUUGAACCUGAUAUCUUUGGCAUAUCUUUGGAAGAGGGAUCAAAAAGAUCUACUUGAAGAAAUGAUAUCACAAAAUUUACAUGCAAUUAUAAUAAAAGUGUCUACACUUGGUUUAGAUAGAUCACAUUUGGGGAAAUCUCUUAUAGAAAUUAAAGAACAUUUAUUAAAAAUAAAUGAAUUAUAUGAUGUACAUUUAUGUGGAGAAGGAGGGGAAUAUGAAACUUUAGUUUUAGAUUGCCCUAUUUUUCAAAAGAAAAUAAAGAUUGUUAAAUCAGAGAUAGUCGAUCAUUCACCAGGAGUUUCAUAUCUUAAAUUUAAGGCAGAAAUAGAAGAAAAAUCUUUUGUUGAUACGAAUUGGAAAAAAAGAUUUAUCUUACCUGAUCAGUUGGACAAAAAAUGCAAACAAUUUAAGAAAUAUCUUGAUGAAUUUCAAGAUGAAGACUAUAAUAAAACAUCUAUAAUACCUACUAUUUCUAUAAAAAACAAAAAUGAUGAAAUAUUUAUGAAUUCUUCAAAAUUAAAAAAUUUGAUAGCUAUUGGAGGUAUAAAUCUACAACUAGAAUCUGAAAACCUACUAGCUUAUACGUUGGAAGAAGAAUUCCAUUUCUGUAUGAGCAAAUUAAAAGAUUAUUUAAAAUCUUAUAUUCUUGAUCUUUGUGACAUUGUUUUUUUUGAACUUGUUCUUGAAAAAAUGGACUAUAUUCUUCAUGUUGAUGCUUUGUAUAGUCAAUACUUUAGUUUUUCAAAACCACCUCCAAGAAUAUGUAUUAAUUCGAGCAAUUUGAAAUCUUGUCGUUUACAGAUAUCUGUUUUGGUUGAUCCUUCUCGUAGUAAAAGAUCAGUUGUUCAUAUUCAAAGUCAAAAUUAUUGGCUUCCUGCAAAUAAAGGCUUUUGUUCUCACGCGUUAAUACAUGAAGAUAUAGUUUUUAUAGCAGGACAAAUUGGAGCUAUACCAUCUACUUUAUCUUUACCAUAUCCUAAAUCAUUUUCAUCAGAAGUUGCUAUUAGUUUACAAAAUUUAGAAAAAAUAUUUGAAAGUCUUGAGAUUUUUAACAUAUCAUGCAUUGCAUUUAUUUCAAACGAGUCUCAUGUUUCACUUACUAAUAAAGCAUGGAAAUAUUGUUCUUUAUAUAAUGAGGAUUGUUUAAUCAUUCUUGUUAAUGGUUUAUCUUAUGGAGCAUUAAUAGAAUGGCAUUUAAUAGGAAAGAAAAAACAAAAAAUAGCUAAAAAUAAUUCUUGGUCAAUUUUGCAUUUAACUUUAAAAAAUCAUGAGAAUUUCAAAUCAUUAGAAACUAUGUUUGAAGUUUUAUUAAAACCUUUUAAAGAAAAAAAUUCUAAUAACAAAAUAUUAUCAUCUACUAUUUAUUAUAAUAGUAAAAUUUUUGAAGAAACAGAGUCAUCAGAAACAGUAUCUAAAAUAAUUUUAAAUAUUAUUCAUAUUAUUCUUGGAUAUACAAUAGAAGCUCAUUGUAUUUCGACAAAUGGAAUAUGGAUAGGUAAGGAGACUGUUAUACCGGUUCUAAUAGCAAUGAAAAUAAUAUAUUCACCUUUGUAAAUUUAAAUUAUAGAACAUGUUUUAACAAAAAAUCUUUUAUACAAA